AUGGCUUUAGCUUGGUGCGCUGUACGCAGGUCAGCAUCGAAGUUUGCUUCCCUGUGUGGUGGUCGAGUCGGAGUUAUCUCCACCGUUGUAAACCGUCCGUCUCUAGCUCUCAACCCGUCACAGCUGCGUCCCUUCGUCUCUGAUAGCUCACACUACCCGAAGGUUAUUGAUCAUUUUAUCUCUGAGCAAACGCUUAUCCUCGAGAUUGACUCCCAGAUCAGAUUUGCUUCGCAAACCAAUGAUAUGGUUAACGAUGAAGAGGCGACUCCAGGAAGUUUACCUUUCAGAAUUGAAGAUGAUGGAGGUAAGACUGUGACAUUGACUAGAGACUACAAUGGGGAACACAUUAAAGUUGUAGUAGGCAUGCCUUGUGAAUCUCAGCAACUGCCGAAUACUGAAUGGUUGUCUGAUGAUUUCAAAGACGUGAAUCAUGUUUUGGAGAAUGCGUUCUACAAGUAUCUGGAGACCAGAUUGACAAAAGACACAACAAAUUUUUUGUAUGAGUACAUGACGACGAACAAGCGACGCCAGUUGUUUUGGUUGAAGGAUGUCAAGAAGUUUUUGGUUGAUGCAAGUUAA